AAUAUGAAAGGAUUUCCACAAAUUAUUAUAAAAAUUUGCCCAUUCAUUGCAUUGUUAUAUAGUAUAAUUGUUAUUAUUUUAACAAUAUAUAUUAAUGAAAAACUUACUCCAGUUUUCAUAUUUUUUUGUAUUCAAGUAUAUUUAAAUUGGUAUUCAAUAUAUGCUAUAAGUCAAAAUGCAACAAUUAUGGAAGUUAAAAUAAUAGGAAAAAAAUUAUUAAUACAUAAUAAAGCAGAAAAUAAUGCUGAACAUAAAUAUUGGUAUUGUGAAAAAUGUAUUAAUUAUACAUGCAAACCAACACAACAUUGUAUUUUUUGUAAAAAGUGUUUCCAUUUUCGUGAUCAUCAUUGUUUUUUUUUGGGUGCUUGUAUAUUAAGGCAAAAUAUAGGUAAUUUCAUUUUAUUUUGUUUUUAUACAUCAUUAACAUGUAUAUAUUCAUUAUGUAUUCUUGGACCAUAUUUAUAUGAGAAUAUUAAUCGUGUAAUAAGAACAGAUACAGAUUCUUUUAAUAUAUUUUUGAAUUUCUGUUUUCCUAUUGCUCUUAUCAAAUUAUUAUAUUCUAGAGAAAAUACUUAUAUAUUACUUGUUACAAUAUUUGAUAUAUUAGUUUCUAUUUUAUGUAUUUGUUUGAUAUAUGCAACAUGGAAAUUGCAUAGUUGUAUGACAGGUAAACAAAAAUAUGCAAAUAUAUCAGAAAAACAAACUUUGAAAGAAAUUUUUGGAAGUUACGGUCUGUCAAAUAUUAUUUUUCCAUAUAAUGGUCUCAUAGGAACUAGAGAUCUUAAUGGGAAAUAUGAAUUGAAGCAAAUAUAAUAUAAUAAAAACAAAUGACUAGAAUAGUUAAAAUUACCAUAAAUGAUAAUAAUAAUA